AAAACAGUGAGACAGAGAAGUUGUGCAUUCAGCUAAGCUGCAAAAGUCCUCCCUCCUCCCUGCAUUUCACCACCCCAUGGAAAUCGCUCUCUCUCUCUCUCUCCUCUCUCUCUCUCUCUCUCUCUCUCUCUCUCUCUCUCUCUCUCUCUCUCUCUUUCUCUGCAGCUGUAGUAUGCUUAGCAUCACCUCCAAAGAGCAAGUGCCUUUACUUGAGCAGAGGAGGGUGUGGGGAGAGGAGGGUGGCCGCAUGAGAAAGAGACAACAGUCCUCAGAAGUGUGCACCAGGGAGCAUUUAUGACUUUGCAGAGAGAGCUGGAAAGUGCCCAGGGAGACGAGCAGAGGUGUUGGAGUACGAAAGUGGCGGCUGGGGCUGGGGCUGGGAGAGCGUGGAGAGGAUGAAUCAAACACUGACGCUGUUGAUCCCUGGCGCAGCGAAGAAGCUGGAGCUGGAGAGUGAAAAGGUUGCUGGAUCUUGAAGGGAGGCUCGAGGGAUCCUUUUCACGAAACAGGGUUGCAAAGCUGACUGGAGAAAGAUUGCAACACAUUUGCUACAAAUUUUCCUCCUCUUAAAGCAUCAAGGCUAGAGAUUGAGACCAUUAAGAUACCUCCUGCUGAUGCAGUCUCAACUAUAAGUGGAUUACGACGGCAAUAUUUUGGGACUGCUCUAUGAGAAAGGAAGAGGAAAUCCUUAAGUGCUGGAUUUACAUCCGUCUGAGUGGAAGAGGAUCCUGUGGCACUUUUGUCUUUCUUUUCCUGUGGAUUACAGAUGGGUUUUGUGAUCUUUCGGCAGUCUCAUGGAUGACUGCACACCAGUCAUUAGGAUAAAGUACAGAGGGGGACUCAAGUGAGUACUGAGAUGAAUCUUUAUCUGCGAAGAUUAGGUAAACAAGAAUGUUGAAGGUGAAACUGCGAUAUAAUGUUUUGUGCCCAACAAUAGGACAUGUUGAAGUGUGGAUUUCGUGAGGGAUUCUCGUUGGAGAGAGAUGCUGUGGUCCAUUAAUUUUCUGGCACACUAGUUAAGCAUCAUUCACUAAAUGAGGGCUUCUGUCUAUCUGGCAGGUGGUUUGGACACAAGUAAAAAGUGAAAGAGUUGAUCCAUGAACUUCCCCUUUCCUGGAUUAGGUCUGAAGAGGAAGUCACUUUGUCGAGCACCAUAAUUUGAUCUGCAUCUUCACUGGACAAACUCAGUACACUCAUCUUCAGGACACAACUCCUUCUCCUCCCCUCAUUUGAACCAGGAUGGUUCCCCCACCUCCCACCAACAAGCCACAUGUGUGCCUGUCCACCAUCCUCAUCAUGAGUAGCAUGGCACUGAUUGAUGCCUACCUUGUGGAGCAGAACCACGGCCCACGUAAGAUCGGCAUCUGCAUCAUGGUGAUGGUGGGAGACAUCUGCUUUCUGAUUGUCCUGCGCUAUGUGGCCGUGUGGGUGGGGGCUGAGGUGCGCACAGCCAAACGAGGGUAUGCCAUGAUCCUUUGGUUCCUCUACAUCUUUGUGCUGGAGAUCAAGGUCUACUUUGUGUAUCAGAACUAUAAGGCUGACAGGAAGAGCCUGGAUGCUCUUGCCAGGAAGGCACUAACACUGCUGCUCUCCAUCUGCAUUCCAGUGCUUUUUGUGGUGUUGGUGGCUAUUGACCACAUGGAGUAUGUGCGUGCCUUCAAGAAGCGCGAGGAGAUACGCAAUCGACUCUUCUGGGUGGUGGUGGACUUGCUCGACAUCCUGGACAUUCAAGCCAACCUGUGGGAGCCCCAGAAGAAGGGCCUCCCUCUAUGGGCGGAGGGCUUGAUGUUUUUUUACUGCUACAUCCUCCUCCUAGUGCUACCUUGUGUCUCUUUGAGUGAAAUCAGCAUGCAAGGUAUCAACAUUGUGCCCCAUAAGAUGCUCCUGUACCCAAUCCUCAGCCUGGUGACUAUAAACAUAAUCACACUCUUUAUCCGUGGUGGCAACAUGAUUUUGUACAGGGAUGUGAGGGUCUCGGGGAUCCUCAUUGGAAAGAACAUACUGGCCAUCAUCAUAAAGACCUGCAGCUUUGUCCAGUACAGGAGACAGUUACAGAGUGCCCCUCCUGCUUUUGGGGUUGAGCUGCAGAAAAACUCAUUGGCCAAUGCUCGCCCUGCCCCCGCCACUCCCCAAGCAGUCAUUCAGGAUCAGACACCCCUGCCCGAGGUGACAACAUGUGAGCACACGUGACAAAACACUCAGCAGGACCCCAAGAUGCUGGCACGGCACAAUGUUUAACACUUUUUAGGUCACGAAAACAAUCAUCGGAAAACACUGAAGACUGAUAUGCACUUAAGAUGUUUAGCCAGCAUCUCCUGUUCUGUCAUGUUGCAAAAUCCGUCUCUUGUGACUUGGUUGAAACGCUUUCCUCCUGUGAAUUCUGUUGAUUGUGUUUCCUUCUGAUGGUACAACAGGAAAAAAAAACAUGUAUACUAGAGUAUAUAUUUUUCAACUGGCUGUUGCAUUCUCACUGUGCGACGUGGUGUGUAUUUCUGUUGCUUGAAUCCUCUUUGUAGUCGAGGGCUUUAUAAUAAAACUUAAGCAAACAAUGAAGGAAUCCAAGUAAUGUGAAAAAAAACUGUUCAAAUGAUGACACGUGUCUUUUCUAUGUGACCUUUUGAUAGUGUACUGCCCUUCUUCUGUGAGAACAGUGUGUGCAUCACACAAUA